AUGACUACCAAUCUUCAAGCUGUCGCUGGCCCGUCGAAGAUCAACAGGUCGCCCAAAGUGGAGCCUGCGAGCCCGGACAGCGACACACCCUCAGCAUCCGACUUGAAAGAGAUCUCUGCCGGAUCCACUCAUGGGAUAUCCAAGCAGGGCAUGACUAUUGAUGAUAAGGGUGAAGUGACAAAAGUGCCGGCUUUCCUCAAUAAACUUUUCAGCAUGGUAUCGGAUUCAGCGACGGAUGAGCUGAUAUACUGGUCUGAUGCCGGCACAUCAUUCUUUGUCCCGAACACGGAGCGUUUCGGCAAGGAAUUAUUGCCUAGAUUCUUCAAGCAUUCCAACUUUUCCAGUUUCGUCAGACAGCUGAAUAUGUAUGGCUUCCACAAGGUCCCACAGCCGCAAACUGGUGUGCUCAAAUCCGAUAAUCCAGAUGGCUCCGAACUAUGGGAAUUCACAAACCCAUGCUUCAAACGAGAUCAUCCCGAGCUCCUGGGGAGAGUGACAAGGAAGAAUAAUCGACCAGGCGUCAAUAUGCCAGCUUCUGGCCGCGGAGCUGAAUCUUUCAGUGGCAACCAAUAUCAUCCUGUGCACCUCAUCACCGACGGGUCCACCAAAGGCGAAGCGGGAGGAGGCGUUCUGGUCGGUCCGACCGGACAGCAGAUGCUGGACCUAUCAGCCAUUACAUCUGGUAUCGCUGCCAUCCGACAAACUCAAGCUAGUAUAGGCGCUGAUUUGAAAGCCUUGCAAACGAGCAAUGAGCACCUCUGGCGAGAAGCUCUGGAGGCGCGGGAUAUACAUAGGAAGCACGAGGAGACGAUCGACCUGAUCGUCACCUUUUUGGAGAGACUGUUUGGCACAGAAGGAGAGGGAUUGAAGGGUCUAAAGGAGGCAAUGAGAAGAGGCGGAAUGGGAAGAUCGAAUCAGGAUGGCGGGUUUGACGACCCGAGCGGAAGCAAGAAGAGGAGACGAGUUGGCGUAGAGAGAAUGAUCAGCGACGGCAGAGAAGAGGCUGAUGUAGAUGAGAAUGGUCAGAUCGUGGAGCUUCCUAGCGAAUCUGCCACACCCUCGUCGAGCUAUCGUGCGCCGCAAGUCGGCAGAAAGCGAUCUCGGGGCUCACUCAAGCCAGAGCCACUAUCUGCGAACAGCGAAACAUGGUCAUCAACAUCUCAACGAUUCCAAGCCCUACCCGACGACUCUCCACAACUUCAAGCAUCACCCGUGACCCGGAGCCCAGGCUCAAAUACUUCUCAGAACCCUCGGACCACCUAUCCUGCCAAUCCCAAUCUGAGUGCGAAAGACCCAGGAGUGAUGAUACCAUAUGGAAAUAAUACACAAACGGAUCAACAACUUGCCCAAGCGCUCAACCUUGAUCCAUCCAUCUUGCAAACCACUAUUGGAUCCCUUUUGCAAUCUCCCGCAGCAGCUGAGAUGUUUCUCAACUCGCUCAACAACUCUAUUCAGGGUCAAGCAUUGCAGACUCCGGGCGGUAACAUCGAUCCUCGAAUCAGCCAGGCACAGCCUCAGACUACCAGCACUACCCUACGCGGGAAUAGUGCGCCAUCUCAGACCGACCCAACUCUGGCUCUUUUCUCUCCAUUACCCAAUCAAACUGCCCUCAUGGAAAAUAACGAUGCUUUGAUCAAGUCUUAUCAGCAGGCAGCAGCCAUGGGAGGCGACGUGGAAAAGCUUCAAGAGUCCAUCGACUCUCUCAUCCGAAGCAUGGGUUUGGAUCUGCCAACAGAUGAUGGGACUAGUGGCCUAGAUGCGGACGCACUGGCCAACCUUGGAGUUCCAAAUCUCAAUGGAGUGACGACAGGUCUUUCUCAAGGUGGAUCGAUGAACGGCGCGACGGCGGACAGCAUCAACAAUUUCGAUACACCUGCUUUUGCCGCCGCAGAAGAUUUUGACGUUGACCAGUUCUUGCACUCUUUGAGCAAGGAGAAUGAGACAGAGAGUAACGGUGAUGGACAAUGA